AUGAAUGUACUAUGCGGGAUAAUAAUAGCACAUUUGCUUUGCUGCAACGUCGAGUUGCGGGCCAAAGAGCCCAAGCCGGGACAUGCGCUGCCUGGGGGUCAGAACAAGUUGGAGUCCGCCUGGGGUGGAGAAGCCACCAUGGAGGAACAAAUACUCCCACAGGAUGACACUGAACACGGGGACACAUCCCAAGCGUUCGACGACACAACCGAGGAUCAGGUGGAAGAUGAGCACGCGCACCUUAGAUCCACCUUUUCAUUCUUCCAAGGGAACGGUCAUCAAGAUGUACAACAGAAGGCGCAGGAAGGACACGAGGGGAAUAUGCAGCACGUGAACACACCAAGUGACCACCAGGGGGAUCUGAAUCAUGUUGGGCCCCCCACCCAAAUAGCACCUGAAGAAAUCAUCAAACAAGGGGAAAAUCUUUACAUCAAUGGAGGAGUCACCAAUUAUGAAUAUAACAACGACGAUGAAAUUUUUAAAUCAUUUCAUAGCGAAAACGAUAACAAGCACAUUGAAAUAAACAGUCCAUGUUUUAAUUUAAAAAAUGAGAACGCAUGUGCGGAGAAUAAGAACUGUUUCUAUGAUCAUUCUUAUCAGGCGUGCUUCCAAAAUUGUAAACUGUUGGGAGCAAGGGAAUGCUCUAGAUACACUGAGUGUAAGCUGGGCAUGAAUGGAUGCGAAAAUGAAGGAUACGUCAACAUCAACGUAUUCGGCUCGGACAUUGGGUCCGAUGUGCGAGCGUGUGAACUGUUCAACUCGGAAGGGUCAUGCUAUAUGAUGGAGGAGCUGUAUAAAAACUUUGGUAACAAUCAGAAGACGAACUUUAACUGCGUUUGGUUGUCUUACAAGCAUGAGUAUAGGAAGAACAAGGCAGGGGGGGCUGGAACGCGCCAUAAAAAGAAACCACAUCAGCAGACGGGAGUCGAACAUGGAGGAGUCAUUAACGUACACACGACGCAUGGACAAAGCGAACCGGAUGGCCACCCCAAUUAUCAUGUACUUCGAACCGAUGGACAGCGCACAAUUGGUAAGGAUGAAGAGUUUCUAUCCCUACUGGAAUUAAAUUUGAGUGAAAAAAAAAAAAAAAAAACACCAAAUAGCAGUGCCGGCAAAGAGACCAAGAAGGCAAACGCAAAGAAGGGGAAAUCCCAUGGGGAUGACGAAGACGACGACGACGAUGAUGAUAUGGGGGAGGGACUGGAUGCAGAAGAGGACCCAGAUUUUAACGACCUGAAUGAUGAGGAAGACAUGGAAAAAGAAGUGGACGUGGAGGGAGAUGGGGCAGACGAGAAAGAGGACGACGAUUUUGACGAACAGUUUGAAAAAAAAAUUGGGAAAAGCAAAGGCAAGGAACUAAGCAAGGAUACAAAAGGAAGCAGCGGUGAUGGAGAAGGAAGCAACAUGAAACAGAUGGAGGGCAAGAAAGCAUCUGAUGAAGCUCCAACAGGGGAGAGCAUCUCCGAGGCUCAUGAGGUGCUAGUGCCCCCUGAAAAAUUAGUGGAGACUCCAACGGAAAUCGUAACGGAAAGUAUGAUCUACGAUACAGGAAAGGCGGAUACAAAUGGCAAGGAUGAUCAGGAUGGUCAAGAUGGCCACGCUGCCAAAGGAGGAAAUGAACAACUCCCAGGAAAACACCCAAUAGGGAAUGGCAACCUGGGAAGUCCUCCACACGAGAAGGACAUAUUAAAGCAUAACUUCAACAUCAGUGGUCAUGGAGACCAUUACGACGAAUGGAUAACAGUAGAAUCAAGCAUUUGUGCUAAUUUAAACGACAGACCCAACCCGUCCGUGCUAUUGCAAGGGGCGCUAAUUGCUGAAAAGGAGGCAGAAUUGAGAAGUAUUAAAAACAAAUAUAAAAUCACAGAUAAUGAAAUUUGUGUUAAGCCUUCGAAUGCACACAAUAUUUCUUUCAGUCCAAAAAAAAAUUUUUAUGUAAUGGGAGAGAAAAUAGAAUUCACGUGUCAAAAUGGGUAUAAGAUCGUUGGGACAACCAAUGUAGGGGUUUGCGUGGGCAGAAAUAAAAUCGUCCCCAACAUAAGUUGUGAGUCCUUAAACGAUUUCGAUGAUGUUCAGAAGCAGAACAUACAGAAGAUUAAUAGCAUGAUUAACUCUGGGGUGAAUGCAGCCUUGUCAGGUUUCCUAACAAUUGUGCUCUUCGUCGUCGUGGGUGUCCUCUCCGAGUGA